AUUGUUUUCACAAUAGGUAAUCGAACACAUGUUGUGUACAACUUGUUGAAGAGAACAAAACUGGAUGCCAACAGAGAAAUCAAUGAAGCAACUUUAAAUAUCCCAGACGCCAUUACACUCAUCUGCAAAGCAAAUUUGGCCAUUUCAGGGCGUGGUUUACUCUUGGAUAUCCACGGCCAAGUACACACACCUCAAAGGACAGAGCUAGGCUAUCACAUUUCCAAAUUCCAGCUCGUAGACAGAUCCUACAAAAUAGCGAGUACCUCUAUAAGAAGCCUUGAGGGAUACUGGUGCGAAAGCAACUACGUUUGCCUUCAAGAUGUUGUACAAGGCAAUCGAAGUCUAGGCCACUUCACUAAUCACGGAGGCCUGGCUGCUGUUCCCUCUCCGCUAGACGAGAGAGAUGGAGGAGAAAUCGACGCAAUUCAGCUGGAAUUUCCUAAGGAGUUCCGCUCUGCGUGGAGUUCUGAGCCGGAUGCACAACACAACAUGGCUAAUGCUAUUGUCGAACUUUUUCAGCUAAAUUAUGAAAUGUAACAAACUUUUUUUGUUACUACUUUUUUUAUCUUUGUUUUUGCUUUAAAAAAGGCGAAGUAGGAGGACAGUUUGCAAUUCUCAACAUUAGGAAAUUUCAAAACUGUAAAUACCAUGAUAGACGCAACAUGUAGAUCAACUGCAUACAUUAGUAUCCCAGGCAACCAUAAUUUAGGGAUUUGCGUGUGCUCAAGCUCAAACGCUUGUCCACCAUGGAUUCACUGCGAGGCCUUAGUACAAAGAGAGGAUGUGAAUCAUUCUUUAAUAUUUAAAACAAGCACAUGAAACGCUUUUUAAAGUUUUACUUUCCUUUUUCUUUUAAAAAAGAAUCGGGUCACUUUAGUUUAGCUGCAAGUAUUUUGCGCCUUGUUACUGCAGUAAUCAGCCCCAAACUUAACACUUUAAGGCCGUAGAUACAAACUGUCAGUGUCGAUGCGUAAACUGAACAAAUUGUAAGUAAGUGUUUGAAAUCAGCAUGGCUGGUCGUCUAGGAACUGAAUUUUCGGAAUAAAUAAAAGUAUGUCGACCCGUAAGGCGCAAGCUUCCUUAUCGCCAACCUUCGUGCUGUUCUUGCAUCCGUCUAUCAAAACUUCCCGUGCUUAACCACAAAUAGA